AUGAAAAAAUAGAAUCAAAGCAAUCAACAAAAUAAAGGUAAAUAAACUAAUUUAACAUUAGAUAUUGGACCAUAAGAUGAAGAAAAAACUACUUUUGGAGAUCAAGGCCAAUAUUAAGAAAAAUAAGAAUUCAAUUAAAUUCACUCAUAAUUUGAAGUAAAUCAAUCAAAUCACCAAAGUACACAAUUUGAAAAUAAUAGAAAUAUGAAUGCAUAAGGUAUAAAAAAUUUACAAAAACUAUUAAUAGGUUAUUAUUUAGGUGAAGAAAUGGAAAUACCUUUUAGUAAAGAAGUUGAAGUUUAAUUUAAAGAUAAUUAAGAGACAAAACAAAAAAACAGAUAAAUUCAAUAAAGAAUUGUUUAGGAAGAAGUUGAGGAUAAUAGAAGAUAAAAUUUGUUUAUAAGUCAAUAAUAAGGUAUUUUAGUUAAUUGAUUUUAUAGAUUUUCAAAGAAGAGUGUAACAUAGUAUUAGAGAAGAAAUGAAUGAGAAAAUAUAUGAAUAAUCAUAAAUAGAAGUUGUUGUAUUAAGUGAUGAUUAGAAAAAGUAUUUUAAAUUGUUAGAAGAUAUUUAAGAAGUAAUUGAGAAUCAAUUAUACAUUCUUGAUUCAAUAAGUAGAGGAUCUAGUUAUGAUUAAUUAUUGAGUAAGGUGUGGAGAAAUUAGAUGAAUGCACUUACAUAAAUGCAAAGGUAUGAGUUAUACGAUCAUCUGAAGAAGUUGAAAUCUUUAAUAAAUAAAUUCAAACUCUUUAAAUAAGGAUUUUUUUUAAACUUAAUAGAAGAAAAGAAGGAUAUUUGGUAAUAAACAAAGUUAAUCAUAAAUCAAAUGAAAAUAGAUUUAGAGAAUUUGAAUGGGAAUUUUGAAGUUUAAUCACUAUAUGAUGAUUUAGAAAGAAUUGUAGAAGAUAAAAAAGCUAAUAUUUUCACUAAUACACAAUUGAUUUAUCGCUCUGCAAAGUUGGCAAUUUUAGAGAAAGUUAUAGAAAUGAUUAUAACAAUAACAGAAUUCAGUCAAUGGAAUAAUCACAAAGUCUUAACUUGCAAAUUAUGCAACUUAAAAAAUUCUAAAGGUGAUGAUUUUUUCAAACAUUUAUUAAGUCACUUAGAAUUUUUACAUUUAUUUGACGCUAAUAUGGGAAGAUGUAUUGAUAAAAGUUGUACAACAAAAAAACAACAUAAAAGCAAGUAAUUUAAUUUAAAAGAACAUUUGUUAAACUUACAUAGUAAAUGUAAGCCAAUUGAAAAACCUUUGAAAUAUUGUGAAGUUGUUGUAGGAGGUGAAUAUGGUGAUAACUGGAAGUAAUACUAAUAAUUUAAGAAUGAUGUUAAUAGAAUGUUUGAUUUAACAAAUAACGAAUACAAAGUAGCUUUUAAUUAACAAUAUGAAUAAAAUUAAUAAAAAGGUUUGGCAAAAGAGAACCACUUUAAAAUGAGAUUGAGAUAACAUUUUAACUACUCUGAUUAAUACUUAGAAAUUAAUGAUUUAGAAUUAGUUGACAUAGUGACAAUAUUUUUAACAACAACUUGGAGAAAGCUAUUCGAAGAUCCAUUAUAAAUAUUAGAAGAGAAGAUUCCUCUUUACUUAAAAUAACUAUUUGCAAGUAGGAAAAUGCCUUUUUAUAAUUAAUAAUAAUAAAUUUUAGAUUAAAUUAUUAGAGGUUCACAAUUAGAAAGUCUUAAAUAAAGAUUAAUAUUAGGAUAUUUUAAUACAACUUACACAUUUGGAGAACUAGAAUAUCUCAUUACAGACUUGACAGAUGGAUUAUUCAAUAUGGCUAUUAGUGAGACAGUGUUAAAUGGAAAAUUCAAAAAGAUAGGAUAGAAGUGUAUUUUUAAUGAUGUACUUUGCGACGACUUUUUUGAUGAUAUAGAAACAACUUUAUUACAUUAUUGCAAAGCACACUUUGGAGUUAUAACAUGUUUAGCAAAUGAUCAUUGUUAGAUGAAUGCAAAGAAUAGAAUAGACAUGUGGUUUGAACACUGUCACGAUAAUCACAAAGAAGAUUUUGUUACUUUAACAUAGAAUUACUUAAAAUAACAAAAAAUAUACUUUUAAUUCAAAGCUAUAUGUGAAAGAUGUAAUGUACAAAUGCAAAGUUUGACUGAUGUAUAUUGGGGAUUGGAACAAAUAAAAACUAUUUAAUAAUGGACUGUUAAGAUAAAUGUAAAAUGGAGAGAUUUAAUGAAAAGUUAUAAUAAAGAAAGAGAAUUAGAGGAGAAUUAUAUGAUUCAAUAUGAAACAGAUUAUGAAAAGUAUAAAUAAAAAGUAUUAAAUGAAAUGAGGUUAAACAUAACUAGGAAUAAAGAUGGAAAAGUAGCUAUAUGUAAGAAUUGUUAAGGGAAAAAGUUGUUGAAGAUGACACAUUUAAGAAGACAAUAAUUUGAAAAUUCAAUUGGAAAUAAGUUAUUACCAUUGGCAAGAAUAGAAGGGAAGAUUACAAAGACAGCUUCAGAUACUUUUUAUAAAGUAAUUGGAAAUUUGAAUUGUUUAAAAGAAAAACCAUUGAUAUUCUUUGCUGGAACUGAUAUAAUAUAUAAAUGGAACUCUUAACAAGCAAAAUUAAGAUUAAAAUGUAAGUUGAUGGACAAGAGUUAAUCAGAGAGAAGAGACUAUGUCAAAGCUUGUGAAUAACAUGGUUUUUUAUAAAAUCAUACUUACAAAUUAAUAGACUUAACCUAAUAAUUGCUAAGAUAAGAAUAAUAAAUAUUAUAAAUAAACAAGAGUCUAUGGUUGAGAUACUUAGAGAAGGAAAACAUAUCUGAAGCAAAGAUUAAAUUAUAAUUAGAGUUUGCAAAAAUGUAAGACAUGUUACUAUUUGAUGGUCUAUUACACAGAACUUCGAUUUUAUUUGUAAUAGCAAAAAUGAAAUAACCUUUUAGAAACUUUGCAGAUAGUUUAAGAGACUUUUUAUUUGAAGAAAAAAUUUAGAGUCAUAGGUUAAAGGAUAAAUGUAUAGAAUUACAAGUUUAUUUUGAAGAAUUAGAUAAUAAUGAGAAAGUUUUUUGGGAAAUAACUAUGAUGUGUUAUUUAAUUUGUGAACAAAGACAAGAUGAAUUAUUGGAUUUUUAUUAAGAUGAUGAAUUGAACACUUUACCAGAAUUACUACUUCUUAAUAGAGAAUCAAAUAUAUUUGGAGAUUGGUUUAGAACUCAUUACUUAUUAGAUAUUCGCUAAUUUAUAGAUAACGCAAUUCAUCCAAUCUAUUUAGGAACACUUUAUCAAAUAGCUUAUUAGAAUUUUGAGGGAAAGAAUAGAUUAAAUAAUAACUAAAAAAGGAUGAUUUAAGGAAUUUUUCAGACAUUCGGAAUAUUAAUAACUGAUGCAUGUUUGCUUAAUCACGGUUUUUCAGUUCCAAAUAGAGAUAAUACUUACUUUUAACAAAAAAAAGAUUAAUUAUUCAACUUAGAACAAUAUUUGUUAUAUGAAAUGAUUGAUUUAUUAGAUGAUCAGCAAUUUAUAGAUAUGUCAGGAAGAUUAGCACUUGUUAUAAAGGCAAUAGAAGACGCAAUGGCUGGAAGAGAUAUAGAAGAUAUUAUGCCAAGCGAUUUAAGAUGGACUGUGCAAAUGGCAAGCAUCUUUAUGAGUAGUUUAAAAGCAUAAAAAACUUUCUUUAAUCAAGGUGAAGACAGAGAAUUAAGAAAAGAACACUUGAAAUUAAUGAAAGGUUUAGAAGAUGAAAUAUAAUACUUUUACUCUAGAAACUAAGCUACUUAUAAUUAGGAUUUCUUGACUACAACAUACAGAGAGAUAAUAUAAAAAAUUGUUGAUAAUGAGAUUUUUCCUAAAGAUUAAGAUGGUAAUCAUUAAAUAAGAUAAUUCACAAAUGAAGAAAUUAAUAAAUUAUCUAAAUAUGAAAAUAUUAGGAAAUUACACAUUGUAUUUUGGAUACCUGUAGAACAGAAAUUAAGGAAUCUAUUGAACGUACACAAGGUUAUAAGAGAAUUGGUUGAUAAAGAACCAUACUACUAAAUGUCAAAGUAAUACAAUGUGACCUCAUUCCACAAGGAGAUCGAAUAUGCUAUGUUUCCUCACUUAUAUCCAAAUGCUCAAGGAGGAUUAGUAACAAAAGUUCCUGAACCGAAGUACUAUUAACUUAUUGUAGAUUUAAUUGAAUAAGAGAAGUUUAUGGCAAAUUACCAUAUAAAAUAAUUAGGACAAGUCAGAUAAACUAAUACAAAUAAUAACAGAUAAAGAGACACAAGUUAAAUAAUCAACUCAAAUGAAUUAGAUAUUGAAAUUCAACUAAUAGAUUUUAAUGUAAAAGAAUAGUUUGGAAAUGUUACUUACAAACCAACAAAAGGAAUUUACAAGUUUUUAAAGCAACCAAUUAUAAAUGUGAAUCAAAGUCUAGCUUAUUUAUUAGAAAUAUAAUAAUUAGCACCAUUAUAAUAUGAACAAUAAAGAGUAUAAUUAGAACAAAGUAAUAACAAUGAAUGGUAAUUGCCUGAAAUUAUGAAAAUAUAAAUCAAAGUAAACAAUCAAAUAGGAAAUCAAUCAAUAUUAGAAAAUCAUGUUUCUUUACAUUUGGAUAAAUACUUAGCAAGAUAAUAAACAAGGUGGGAUAAUGAACAAUAGUAAUUCAUAAGAAGGUAAGAGAUUGAAGUAGAGAGAUUAAAGAGACAAGGAAAAUCAAAGGAAGAGAUUGAAGCUUUUAUGAUUCUAUAAAAGAAGUUACUUAUAGAAACAACAAUAAAGUAAUUAGCAUAAGAGAAUUCAUUGACAAGAGCAUUGAACACUAUUAGGAAUAACAAUAUACUUCAUAUUGAUAAAAGUAUUACUACAUCAGAGUCAGAAGAUGAAUUAAGGGAAAGAGAAAGACAAAAUCAACAACAAAGAGCAUUAAAUUAAGUAAAUGAAUUCAAUAGAAGAGUCUUAGAUGGCAUAUAAUAAUAAUAAUAAUAACAUUAAUAAUAAUAAUAAUAAUAGUAAUAACAAUAGUAAUAAUUAUAAUAAUAGGCACUUUAGAGAUAAUAAUAAAAAGAAUUAAAUGAAUUAAUUGAUUUAGAUAAGAUGAAAAUUGAUUUGAGUGCAGAUACAAAGUUUAGAUUAAAGUGUUCCUUUACUCAAAAUUUCUAAAAAGAUCAUAAUUGGAUAUUGUGGAGGUAUUAUGAAUGGAUUAAAUCUCAAUUUUAUUGUUAUGAGAAAAUAGUUAAUAAAGAUAAAGGUGUUAUGGUGUAUUAAUAAGGAGAAAUGAAGAAAUAUACAUCAAUACCACCAAUUUGUGGAAGCGAAACUGAAUUAUAAUAGAGGUAUAAAGAAUUGAGAGCAUACUGUUUCUAAGAAGGACCUCCAUUAAUGAUGCUAACUAUAACAACUAAUGAAUUUGAUGAAAAGACAUUUAAAAUAAUGAGAGGAUUGAAUUUCUUUGAUUUAGAGAAUGAAGAUAGAGUGUUAAAAGCACAAAAGAAGAUGACCAGAGACGAUGACAUUAACGAUAAUGCAAAUUUAUAUGUCUAAUAUUAUGUAUACUUGGUUGAUCACUUGAUAAAGUCAAUAAAAAACAAGCAUUAUAAUCAACAUCACCCAUAGAAGAAAGAUUGGGAUAAAUACGAAAAUGGUUUAUUUGGUAAAUUAAAAGCUAUUGUUAAAAGAAUUGAAUUCUAAGAUAGAGGAUCAUUACAUUUCCACAUUCUAUUAUUCAUGAACACAAACGAAGAAGGGUUAUAUGAAGAAAAAUAUUUAUUAUUUUUGAAAGGAAUUCUAUCUUGUUUAAGAAUGGACAAAUAAAAGGAUGAAGAACUAGUUCAAAAGUAUCAAUUAUUCCAUAGAUGCAAUGCAAAUAGAUGUACAAAAGUAGAUGACUUUAAAUGUAGAGAAGGAUUUCCAUUUAAAUUAACUUAAGGAUAUGUAAAUGCUAAUUAUCCUGUAUAAAUUCAAUAAAGAAGAUUAAAAGAAUAAGAUUAAAAUGUAAUUGCUACUUGGAAAUUAUUAGUAAAGUACUUCAACUCUAAUGUACAAAUACAAAUUACUAUAAAGAAAUUAAGAGAAUUUAGAAGAAGAAGAAGUAAAUAGAGAAGGAUAAGAAGACAAAUAACUAUUAGAAGUAAUAAGAUAAUAUUACGAAGACAAAAUAACUCCAUUACAAGAAGCUUGUUUAGCAUUUUAAGAGAAAAAAAUAAUGGAAGUUACUUAUAAAGUUAUCAAAAUUAACUAAACUCCACUUUCAAGACAAAAAUAAAACUUAAAUGAUAUUAUUGAUAACUUAUAAGAGAGUAAUGUUCAAGAAUUAAUGUAAUGGAGAAACACUCAGAAUGUAUGGUACCGCUAUCUAAGAAGACCAAUGGAGUUUGAAGAACUUAACAUGGUAGAGUUCACCAGAAUAAGCAUAAACUACGGCAGGAAAUCAAANUUUAGAUUAAAGUGUUCCUUUACUCAAAAUUUCUAAAAAGAUCAUAAUUGGAUAUUGUGGAGGUAUUAUGAAUGGAUUAAAUCUCAAUUUUAUUGUUAUGAGAAAAUAGUUAAUAAAGAUAAAGGUGUUAUGGUGUAUUAAUAAGGAGAAAUGAAGAAAUAUACAUCAAUACCACCAAUUUGUGGAAGCGAAACUGAAUUAUAAUAGAGGUAUAAAGAAUUGAGAGCAUACUGUUUCUAAGAAGGACCUCCAUUAAUGAUGCUAACUAUAACAACUAAUGAAUUUGAUGAAAAGACAUUUAAAAUAAUGAGAGGAUUGAAUUUCUUUGAUUUAGAGAAUGAAGAUAGAGUGUUAAAAGCACAAAAGAAGAUGACCAGAGACGAUGACAUUAACGAUAAUGCAAAUUUAUAUGUCUAAUAUUAUGUAUACUUGGUUGAUCACUUGAUAAAGUCAAUAAAAAACAAGCAUUAUAAUCAACAUCACCCAUAGAAGAAAGAUUGGGAUAAAUACGAAAAUGGUUUAUUUGGUAAAUUAAAAGCUAUUGUUAAAAGAAUUGAAUUCUAAGAUAGAGGAUCAUUACAUUUCCACAUUCUAUUAUUCAUGAACACAAACGAAGAAGGGUUAUAUGAAGAAAAAUAUUUAUUAUUUUUGAAAGGAAUUCUAUCUUGUUUAAGAAUGGACAAAUAAAAGGAUGAAGAACUAGUUCAAAAGUAUCAAUUAUUCCAUAGAUGCAAUGCAAAUAGAUGUACAAAAGUAGAUGACUUUAAAUGUAGAGAAGGAUUUCCAUUUAAAUUAACUUAAGGAUAUGUAAAUGCUAAUUAUCCUGUAUAAAUUCAAUAAAGAAGAUUAAAAGAAUAAGAUUAAAAUGUAAUUGCUACUUGGAAAUUAUUAGUAAAGUACUUCAACUCUAAUGUACAAAUACAAAUUACUAUAAAGAAAUUAAGAGAAUUUAGAAGAAGAAGAAGUAAAUAGAGAAGGAUAAGAAGACAAAUAACUAUUAGAAGUAAUAAGAUAAUAUUACGAAGACAAAAUAACUCCAUUACAAGAAGCUUGUUUAGCAUUUUAAGAGAAAAAAAUAAUGGAAGUUACUUAUAAAGUUAUCAAAAUUAACUAAACUCCACUUUCAAGACAAAAAUAAAACUUAAAUGAUAUUAUUGAUAACUUAUAAGAGAGUAAUGUUCAAGAAUUAAUGUAAUGGAGAAACACUCAGAAUGUAUGGUACCGCUAUCUAAGAAGACCAAUGGAGUUUGAAGAACUUAACAUGGUAGAGUUCACCAGAAUAAGCAUAAACUACGGCAGGAAAUCAAAAUAUUUAAAGAAGUAAGAUAGAAGAUUAUAAGUACUUUUUAGACUAAGAUGGAUGUAGUCAAAACAUUAUUACACUCAAGUGCAGAAUACUAAGGAGAAUUCAAUAUAUAUUACUUAGAAAUGCUACAAUUAUAUUGGCCUCAUAGAUAUUAAGACUGGAUGAACAUGACAAGAGAUGAACAAACAGGAUAUAAAGAAGCUUAUGACAUAUUAUUGGAGAAUUAUGACUAUAAAAACAACGAUACAAACGCAAUAACAAACUAUUUUAGAUAAAAGUAUUGUUAAUUCAAGUCCAAACCUUUAAAGAAGUAUGUAGAAUUACAUAAUUAAAUAAAAAUUAAUCAAAAGAGACAAUUAGAAGUAAUGUACAGAUACAGAUUUAACUUGAAUUACGGAGAUCAGAAUCAAGAGAAUAUACAAAGUACUGAUUUUAUAUUCUAAUUAAAAUAACUAAUAAGAUAGCAGAUAGAUUUAGAUUUAGGGUAUUGGAGAGUAUAACAAAUAAAGGAAAUACUAGAACUAUUUAAUCCAUAAAUAACAAGUGCAGAUGAAGAAUUAUUAAAUAAAGCAAAUGAAUUAUUGCAAGAUUUAACAGCAGAAGUGAAAGAUUUUUGGAAAGAAUUACCUCAAAACACUAGAAAUAUAAUAAAUAGUUUAGGAUAAUUAUACAAAUAUUACGGAUGCUCAUAAAUAAGUGAUGAAAUUACAAGAAUAAAUGAUAGAAGAGUGGUAAGUAAGUCAAAAGCAAGCGGUAAGGAAUUAUAUUAAUCUUAAUCUUUAUUAAAUAGGUAACAAGAAGAUUCAAAAGCCUCGUAAAAUGCUAUAUCUGAAGAAAUACCAGUUCAAUAAUUAUUAGAAGAAAAGUUAGAAGAUUUACAUCAACAAUACGAAAGUCAUUAUAAAAACAAGUUAAUAGUAGAUGAAUAUAAUAAAAUAAGAGUAUAAAAGAGAUUAACAAAGUGGAACUUGAAUUGGAUUGAUAAUAACUUAGUGCAAAGUUACGAAAAUCUCAAAAUUUAACAAAAAUUAGCUUUAAUAAUGAUGAUUUUGAACCUUUCUAUGACUUUCAAAGAAGAAGAAAUUGAUAGGAAGUACGAAGGAACAUUCAUACAUGGUCCAGGAGGAGUUGGAAAGUCUUAUAUCAUCGCAACAAUGGUAUAAUUUGCUCAGAAUCAAAAUUUAUGCUAUAAUAUACUGUGUCCAACUUAAUUUGCAGCUCAAAAUGUGAUGUUAAUGUGUUAGAAAAUAGGACUAAAGCAAGCAAAUGUACAAACUAUACAUAGUUUCUUCUAUUUAACAAUGAAUGAAGGGAUAAAAUCACAUAUGCAUGCAUUUAAAUCACAUUUAGCAAAAUAAGGUGUAUACAAUUUUACUUCAACUACAGAAAUAUAUCAAAAAAUGAUCAGAUUUUAGUUUAUUAACUAUCAAAAACUAAUUAAAAUAUUGAAGAGUAUAGAUUUAAUAAUGAUUGAAGAGGUAUCAAUGAUGGAUCCUGACUUUUUAACAUUAUUAGACAUAUAUAGUUAAAUUGCAAGGUAAUGUGCUUAUCCAUUUGGUGGAAUACAAGUAUUUUUAUUCGGAGAUUCUUUCUAACUAUAACCAGUGAUGUCAGGAAAACACAAUUACUUUGAUUCACAUAUAUUCAAAAGUGGUUACUUUAGUCACAUAAUAGAACUAACAGAAAGUGUCAGGUAAGCAGAAGAUCUGGAUUAUUUUAUUAAUAUAUUAUAGCCAAUAAGGUUCGGAACCUUUGGAGAAGAUGCAAAUAACUUUUAUACAUAAAUGAAGAAGCUAGAAAAGAGAAUAAUCCCAGAAAACAUAUUUGGAGCUAACUAAAAUGUAAAAUAGGAUUUAGUGGAGAGACAGAAGGAACAUUAAUAGAUUAUUUCACUUUAUUUUAAGAACGAGAAUGUUCAAAAUGAGAGUCAGAAGAGAGCUUUAGAAAUAAUAUAAAUAAUAGAUGAAAAAAGAAAGAGAAGAGGUUAAAUAGAUAAGAAGAGAUGGAGACAAUACAUGAAAUAGCCUUUACAAUUCAGAUGGACUAACUAGAAGACAGAAGAUGAUAAUAUGGCUCUAUUACUAGGUCAGUAGUAUCAAUUUAAAAAGGAGAUUUAUGAAAACAACUUCAAUCAUUAGUCACAUUACUUAAUGCUACCAAUUGGAAUCAGAAAUUACGUAGCAAAGGCAAUGGGUGAAGUGGCUUAUCGAAUGGCCAUCAAAUAAGGAGAUAUAAAUAAAGCAAUUUACUUGAAAGAGUUGAUUUUAUUUGAAAAAGAAGAAAUAGUUAUUAGAAAAAACAUAGAGAAAUAAGAAAACUUAAUAAAUGGGCAAUUUGCAACUAUAUCAGAUUUAAUUUUUGAUGUUGAUUUCAUGAAUCCAUACAAUAUGAGAGAAUUUGAGAGAGAAUAAUUUAAUUAUAUUAGAUAAAGAAACUAUUAUAACAUGAUUGAAGAGAUAGAAAUGAAGGAUAUCAUCAGAUUUUCUUAAAAUGAUCAAUUAGAAAUGAAUAAAAUUUUAGAAAAAAAUGGUUUAAUGAACAUAAAUUACUUAAAUGAAUUAGAUAUUCAUUAAAGUGAGAAGGGAAUGUUGUAUUUAAAGGAAGUAGAACCGAGGUUAUAAUAAAUAAAUUUGAAGAUAAGAGAAAAAAAUGUUACAUCUUUAGAGAUAGGAGAUAGGGAUUUUUCAAUGGCGAUCAAUUUAUAGAAGUCAGAUAUUAUGAGAACACUAGAAGAAAUUGAAGAAUCACUUGCAAAUACAUAUGAGUUUGUAAGGAGAACAUUAUAAUAUAAUCCACAAUGGUCACAAUCAGCAAAGAAGAUAAGAUAAUGGCUAAUUGACAGUCAAGAAAUGGAUUUAUUUGGAAUAGAUUAUCUAAAUGGACAUUUUUGUUUAGAAUACUUAGAAAGAAGCAUCAUUCACAUGAAGUUUAUGAUAUAGAAACUACCAAAUGUUUGCAAUGUCUAAAUAUCAUAGCUUCCAAUAAACAUUGGAUAUGCUAGAACAAUACAUUGUGCGUAAGGUUCAACCUUCGACAAUGUUAUUAUGGAUUUGGAUAUGCCAGAAAGAUAAUAGUCAGGAUUACUCUACACUGCAUUGAGUAGAGUCAGAAAGAUAAGUAACCUGUUUCUUAAUGGUAAGUUGGAUUAAAACAUGUUUAAAGUCAGAGUUUCAGAAGAAAUAAAGAAGUUUUAUAGAGAAAAUAUUAUGGAAGUACCAAAAUACUUACAGAACAACGAUUUACAAGAGUUGUUAAACAAAGAUAUUAAAGAAAUAUUAAGAAUUAUCAACGAAAUAAGCUCUGACUUGAGACAAGGAUUGAUCUAACUGAAAUAAGAAUAGGUGAACAUAAAAAAUCAUUGA